UCCGCCCCCACCAGCAGCGCCACAGGCCCCUCGCUCGCCGGCAACAGCCUCCGCUUCCGCCCCCGCCGGCAACAGCCUCCACCUCCACCCCCGCCCCCGCCGCUUCCGCGCUAUGUCAAUCUACCCCGCCCGCUACCGCCUACGCGCCGUAUCAGAAGUUUCACUGAUCCAGGAGAAGUGGGGCGUACCGCCAUGUAUUUUGGAUCCUGGCGAAAUCCUGGUCCGCGUGAUUUCAGGUGGUGUUCCUGGUAUGCAGCAUAAGGUGGGCAAGUGGAAGAAAGCUGCGGUGAUGAAUAGCCUCAGGGUCGAACUUGAUCCUCUGUUUUGGGAUCAUUAUUAUAACCAUUGUCUUCCUCCGCUUAACCCUAGGCGAAUAUUCUCUGCUCAAAUUAUCGAAGAUGAUCCUUACCGGCCAAAGAUCCCCAAGCCGCUGUCCAAGUUGCCGGACUGGAGCAUACUGAAAUCAGUCCGUGAGAAUAUGAAGUUCUGGUUGCGCACUUUAUUCUGGCUGAAAGGCUUGCUGGCCCUCAUGGAUGAAUCAAUUGGCAAAAGUUACGAGGACUUGUUUGUCUUGGACAGCGGCCCAGAAAAUGUUGGGGAGGGAGAGAACCAGAGGCCUUAUUGGCGUAUCCGUGAGAUCAUUCCGACCGAUGAAGCGAUGGACUUGUUCAUGUGCAAUCUUGACCGUCGAUUCUAUGGGCCUGGAUAUGUCCCAGUAGUUGCUGGCCUCCCAUCAAAUGAGGACAUUGCAACUAUUAGAGCAUUCAAAUCAAGCCAUCACAGAGAGAAAUUGAAGUUCAUGCAGCACCUUUUCUUUCUAUAUGAGAUCAUUGAUGAGGAGCUGAUACCCCAAGUGGAUUCUAAAUUGGAAGAUCUUGUAAAUCGUGAGCUCGAGUGGUUACAAAAGAAUGACCGGCAACCUGCCACUCCCUACUAUAUUGAUUAUGAGGAUUUAGAAUAUGUGGACAGUGGAAUUUCUGUUCAGUCUAGCUGCACGGCUGGAUUCAAUUGAAUGGGAUACGCAGUGUGAGGCAAUACUUGAUCUUCGAUCUCUAGCGAAGUAUCACAGCGAAACGCUGCAGGAGUUCCUGGGGACUAUAAUUCCUUUAAUCAUUGCAAAAGUCGUGAAAGGCAGGCCAGCUGUAGUAAAAUCUGCUAUCAUGGCAUGUGGUGAUCUGCUUCUGGUUUACCCUUCUGAUAGCAUCAGCACCUUUGUUGAUCAAAUGAUCGAUUCACUUGUUCUCAAGGUUAUUGGUAUGCAUCGGUUUGUCGCACAAGAAGCUAUCCUGGUUCUUACGUCUAUGGCCAGAAGGCUUCAUGUUCCUGAUCACAUUUUGCUGUCCAAAGUCAUACCGUUGCUUCAUGAGAGAAGUCCGUUUGUUUGUGCGAAGGCCUAUCAGUUUCUGGCCCUGUGUUUGCCCGUCAGUGUCCUUGAGCGUAACGAUUUCAUAAUUGAAUUUGCAAUCCUGAUGAAGGCUCAUCUCCUGAAGAGGAAGUCUUGAGUCAUCCUGGGCUUCAUGAUCAGACGCACAAGCGAUGCGGGUGUCCAAGCACGAGCUUUUUUGAAUUUUGUCAGUCCAUCUACCUAGUACUACUCACUGGUUGUGCAAUGCCAGCUCCUAAUUAUACUAAGUAAAUUGUAGUGGCUGCCGUGUGUGUGUGUGUGCACCAGGCACAAGAGUGAUGCUUGCGCGAGCGGGUUAUGUUUUGUGGGUCAGCGGGUGAUGCUGAUGAACCAGGGUGGGUGAUGUUUUGUGGGUCAGCGGGUGAUGCUGAUGAACCAGGGUGGGUGAUGUUUUGUGGGUCAGCGGGUGAUGCUGAUGAACCAGGGUGGGUGAUGUUUUGUGGUCAGCGGGUGAUGCUGAUGAACCAGGGUGCAUGCGUGCAUACCCCUCUAAAAUGAGAUGUAGGGUUCGUGCCAAAAACUCAAAACUCCGGGAAACCAAUCAGGUGUUCAUUCUGUAACAGUCACUGCAGCCUCUUUGUACUUCCAUGUUUUCCUUAUCAGCAUGGUAUAUUUUUGUGCA